AUGUUUUCUCGGCUUGUAAAUUUAGUUUUGUGACUUCAUUGAGAAAUGCUCAAACAAACGCACUUUUAAACUGCACGCACAAAAAAACCGCUGACGCCGUCUUGUUUCAAAAGACUCGGUCGAACUUGAUAUUUUUUUUAAAGAAAGGCAAUCCUUUAUGUCUGCUUUGGCAGUGCAUUUAUAUGCCACGAGUAACGACGCAUUGACAAGAGACAGCCGUGCAGUGAAACCGCAGCUAAACUUAACCGCUGUGUUUUAUAAUGAGGAGAACUGGAAAUAAUUUAAGUUUUUUUUUUUUUUUUGGCGCGUUUGGGUUCAAUUUUAAUUUUAACGUCUCGUUUUAAUGGAAAAGAAUACGGAGGACGAGUCACGCAUGCGCUCUCUUUACUAUCAGCGCACUUCUGCAUAUGACCUUGAACUGGUAUUAAUGUCAAAACACUAUCCAAAUUUACCAUGAAGAGAAAUGUUCCUGCUGCUGUUAGCCCUCUGCCCCCUCGUCCUGGGAUCCAUCUACAACUCGGGACAAGGAGAAGAUGAUGACCGGACACUCUGGGUCACGAUGUCCGCUGACCCCCUGGCGGCGACGCCCACUCUGGGCGGCUCCCUGACCCUCCCGUGUCACUUCCUCCUCUCUGACCCCACACCGGCGUCCGGCCGUCGGGCUGUGCUGACCACCCCGCGGGUCAAGUGGACGGUCAUCACAGAGGGCCGCGAGCUGGAGAUACUGGUGGCCAGGGGUCAGAGGGUAAAGGUCAGCGAGGAGUACAGGGAGCGAGCCUCCUUGCCGCACUACCCCUCCUCACCCACAGACCUCACGCUGCGUCUGGACGCCUUGCGGACCAACGACUCGGGGGUGUACCGCUGCCAGGUCCAGCAGGGACUGGAGGAUGCACACGACCAGGCCGAGGUGAAGGUCAAAGGCGUGGUGUUCCACUAUCGUGACGCCUCCAGUCGCUAUGUCUUCUCGUUCGUUGCUGCCCAGCAUGCCUGUGCUGUGAUCGGGGCACGCAUCGCCACUCCAGAGCAGCUCCUGGCUGCCUAUCACAGCGGGUUUGAGCAGUGUGACGCAGGCUGGCUGUCCGACCGGACCGUCAGAUACCCAAUCCAGAUGCCGCGAAAGGGUUGCUAUGGAGACAUGGACGGAUUUCCUGGUGUGCGAAAUUAUGGGCUGCAGGAACCGGAGGAACUGUUUGACGUGUAUUGCUAUGUAGAGAAUUUAAAUGGCGAGGUCUUCCACGCCUCCUCCCCAGAACGGCUCACCCUGGAGGAAGCAAAGGGGUACUGCGGGCAGCAGGGGGCGGAGCUGGCCAGUACCGGUCAACUGUACGCGGCCUGGAACGAGGGUCUGGAUAACUGCAGCCCGGGCUGGCUGGCGGACGGCAGCGUGCGGUACCCCAUCACCACGCCACGGGAUCGCUGCGGGGGCAGCCAGCCCGGGGUCAAGACCGUGUACCUGUACCGCAACCAGACAGGAUUCCCGGACCCCAAAUCCCGCCACGACGCCUACUGCUUCAGAGGUGACGGGACGUCCCACACAGAGUCCCCCGUGGGAUACCAAUCCACCGAGCCUGAGGAUAUCAAAGCCAUCACGACCCUGACGGACACCCUGCAGGAGAUACAGCUGGCCAGGGAACAGGAGGAGAAAGAGAGUGAAGCUAAGGGGGCGCUGGACUCCUUCCCAAUUACCGGAGACAGCAUCGAGGGCCACGAGGGCCAGGGGCCACUGAGCUACUCAGACCCCUACGACCACAUGGACGCCUUGCAAGGGUUCGAGGACAGCUCGGAGGAGCUCCCUUACCCAACAGCCUCGACCAAUCCCGUCCCUGAAGGUUCUGUGUCCUUCCAGCCGACUCCAACGACAGACGUAGCUUCAGAAGUUCAGAUUUCACAGUAUGAAGUGUCAGGUGGGAACCCCAAACAUUACGAGCCCAUGCCUGAAACAAAUGUAGCGUCUGGGGUACCAACGUCACAGUAUGAAGUUUCAGGGAACAUCACUUCUGGAGUUCAGAUUUCACAGUAUGAAGUUUCAGGUGGGAACCCCAAACAUUAUGAGCCCAUGCCUGAAACAAAUGUAGCGUCUGGGGUACCAACGUCACAGUAUGAAGUUUCAGGGACCAUCGCUUCAGGAGUUCCAGGAGAAGAAGAGAUAGCGCUGGUGGAAAAGGAAGCUGGCGGGACCUCUGUCGAGAUACCCAUAGGAUCUGGAGGAAACCCCAAACACUACGAACCCAUGCCUGAAACAGACGUAGCUUCUGGGGUAACAACAUCACAGUAUGAAGUUUCAGGAGUUUCAGGAGAAGAAGAGAUAGCGCUGGUGGAAAAGGAAGCUGGCGGGACCUCUGUCGAGAUACCCAUAGGAUCUGGAGGAAACCCCAAACACUACAAACCCAUGCCUGAAACAGACGUAGCUUCUGGGGUAACAACGUCACAGUAUGAAGUUUCAGGGACCAUCGCUUCAGGAGUUCCAGGAGAAGAAGAGAUAGCGCUGGUGGAAAAGGAAGCUGGCGGGACCUCUGUCGAGAUACCCAUAGGAUCUGGAGGAAACCCCAAACACUACGAACCCAUGCCUGAAACAGACGUAGCUUCUGGGGUAACAACAUCACAGUAUGAAGUUUCAGGAGUUUCAGGAGAAGAAGAGAUAGCGCUGGUGGAAAAGGAAGCUGGCGGGACCUCUGUUGAGAUACCCAUAGGAUCUGGAGGAAACCCCAAACACUACGAACCCAUGCCUGAAACAGACGUAGCUUCUGGGGUAACAACAUCACAGUAUGAAGUUUCAGGGACCAUCGCUUCAGGAGUUCAAGGAGAAGAGAUAUCGCUGGUGGAGCAGGAAGCUGGCGGGACCUCCGUCGAGAUGCCCAUAGGAUCUGGAGGAAACCCCAAACAUUACGAGCCCAUGCCUGGAACAGACGUAGCUUCUGGGGUACCAACGUCACAGUAUGAAGUUUCAGGGACCAUAGCUUCAGGAGUUCCGAUUUCCCAGUAUGAAGUUUCAGGGACCAUAGCUUCAGGAGUUCCGAUUUCACAUUAUGAAGUUUCAGGGACCAUCGCUUCAGGAGUUCCGAUUUCCCAGUAUGAAGUUUCAGGAACCACAGCUUCAGGAGUUCCGAUUUCCCAGUAUGAAGUUUCAGGGACCAUAGCUUCAGGAGUUCCGAUUUCACAGUAUGAAGUUUCAGGGACCAUCGCUUCAGGAGUUCCGAUUUCCCAGUAUGAAGUUUCAGGAACCAUCGCUUCAGAAGUCCCAGGAGAAGAAGAGAUAGUGCUGGUGGAGCAGGAAGCUGGUGGGACCUCCGUCGAGAUGCCCAUAGGAUCUGGAGGAAACCCCAAACAUUACGAACCCAUGCCUGAAACAGACAUAGCUUCUGGGAUCCCAACUCCCCAGUAUGAAGAGUCUGGAAGGAGUUCCACGCUUUAUGAACCAGAAUCCCACCUCGCCGAAGGACCUUCUGUAACUCUUCCGCCUGAAGAAUCGAGUGCAGCUCCCCAGUUCCCUCAAACUGCCACGGAUUUGGACGACGGCGUCUCGUCUCAGCCACGGGAAGAAUCUGGAGAAUCUGGAGCCGUUCCUCAAUACCCCGGGCCCACCGCGGCCCCCGAAAACUGGGACUCGACUGGAAUCCAAACCCAGGAGGUUGUGGCUUCAGCUGGAGAGCCUGAAUCUGGGGACCUGGGACACGUAGCCUCUGGUCAACCUGGAGAAGAACCCGUGGAUGGGACUGGUUCUGUUGGACCAGUGGAUCAGAUUCCCAGUUCCCAGCAUGGCGCUGGUUCCGCCCCGGAUCAGUCCGGCUACGCCUGGCCAGAUUUUCCGAUCCCUGAAGGAAGAGACCUGGUUUCAGGAGAUGAGCGGAUAGCGCUGGUGGAGCAGGAAGCUGGCGGGACCUCCGUCGAGAUGCCUAUGGGAUCCGCGGAUCAGGAGGGCGGGUUAGAGUCUGUGGAACAGGGAUCCGCUCCCAUCGUCGGCCUGGAGCCGGCAGAGGAGACCUCGUCCGCAGUGGAGACCAGCACAGCCUGGCCCACGGAGGAGGUCUACCCAGAAGUCACUCCGUCUGGAGCCAGCGAGGGAGAUCUUCUCAGCGGCUUCCCUGUCACUCUGAUCACCUCGCUGGCCCCUUCCCUGGAGGUCACAGCGGCUCCAGCCUGGCCGACGGAAGCCGAAGCCAGCUCCCCUAGCGACUUGGAGACCCACAUCCCGGAUUUGGGACUACCAUCCGGAACCCAGUUCCCAUCCGGGGAAUUCCCGCAUCCUCAGGAACCGGAAGGAUCCAUUGACGAGGAGAAGGUGGAAACCUGGGAUGGGAGUGCACCGGAAGCCCCCACCGUAGCCCCUCUGGAGCACAGCACCAGUCCUGCCUCUUACUACCCGGAAGGCAGCGUGGAGCUUUCUGGAACGGCAGAGGUGGAGCUAGCUACAAGUCUGAUCGAUCUGGAGGAGCCUUCAGGUGUCCCCUCUGGGGCGCCAACUGCAGGGCUCUCGGUUGAAGGGCAUCAGGUUUCCGGCGAGGGUUCUGGGGUAACCGAAAUUCCCUUCAGCCCGGAAACAAGCGGCUUUCCCCAAGAGAGAGAAGAGACCGACGUCUCAGCGAGUCUGCCCCCCGCCACCACCGCCUCUGUGUUCACAGUCGGGACCUACAGCACAGCCGUCACGGGUUUCUUUCAAAGCACCGCCUCUAGCUCGCAAGAAGCCGCUGGAGAAACGUCAGGGUUGCCUUGGCAGGAAUCGGGGAGCGGCGCCCACCCAGUGGUCUCCCAGACGGAAACCCCAGGGGUCACCCUUCUCCUGGAUAACACGGGAACGCCAUCCACGUUCCAGCCCUCCACGUUCCAGCCCUCCACCGUAGUCCCGGAAGAUUCCCGAACGACGGAUUCGGAGUACAGCGGGGAGCACUCCGCCGUUCCGGUGGAGACGGACUCGUUUGCGCCGACGUCAGCCGCUCCCGUUCCCGAGACGACCACAGCUUUCGGGGGCCAGACAGCCAUCACCACCCCUAGUUAUCCCACCCAAGAGACCACCGAUACGCCAAGCCCGACAACUUGGGAAAGCACGGAGGACCUUUACGAAAGUACCACUACCGCCCUGCCGUUGCCCACCAGCACCCUGAUGCCAACCCUGGAUGUAUAUGAGGAGGCCACUGAGGAGGCCCUUACCCUUAAACCCACCCUCGCUGCUUUGCCCACCGAAAGGGCAGUUUUGGGCCGCGUCGUGAACAUUUCAGACGCCUGCCUGGACAACCCCUGUCAAAAUGGGGGUACCUGCGUGGAGGAGGGAGCCCACACCAAGUGUCUGUGUCUUCCCAGUUAUGGAGGAGAGCAGUGCGGGACAGAUCUGGAGCACUGCGAGGCCGGCUGGGAGAAGUUCCAGGGGUUCUGCUACAGGCACUUCAGUAAACGGCAGGGCUGGGAGGUGGCGGAGCAGCACUGCAGGAUGGGUGGGGGGCACCUGGCCAGCGUGAUGACCCCCGAAGAGCAGGACUACAUUAACAAUAAGUACAAGGAGUACCAGUGGACUGGACUGAACGACAAGACCAUCGAAGGGGAUUUCCGCUGGUCAGACGGCAACCCCCUGCUCUAUGAAAACUGGUACCACGGGCAGCCUGACAGCUACUUCCUGUCUGGAGAGGACUGCGUGGUGAUGGUGUGGCACGACGGAGGGCGCUGGAGUGACGUUCCGUGCAACUACCAUCUCUCCUACACCUGCAAGAAAGGGAUCUCUUUCUGUAGACAGCCGCCCGUCGUAGAGAACGCCCGGAUGUACGGGAGGCUCCGGUCUCAGUACGAGAUGAACUCGGUGGUCCGGUACCAGUGCCAGGAAGGAUUCCAGCAGAGGCAGAACCCCGUCAUCAAGUGCCAGUCCGACGGGAAGUGGGAGGAGCCCCGGAUCAUCUGUAUCCCGGCCAACAACAGCAACAACACCAGCCCUGAAGUGAAGACUGGGUCUGAGCCCCAGGUCCAGGCUGAGGAGCCAUUCAGAGAGGGGGCAGCCACGGAGCAAGCACCCGAAAUAGGGGACUUGUACUGGGGGGAUGAGAAGAAGUAACCUGCCCCCCCCUCUCCCUCUACCCCCCCCCCACACCGAGAAAAAAACAAGACGAGAGAAGCCCCCCCCCCAAAAAAAAGCUUGUGUCCUGAAAAACAACCCCUCUUUUUAUCUGCUUUUUAUAUUGACUUCUACAGAGUGCAGUCCGUCCAACUGCUCUGUGACCGACACGAUUCAAUAAGAAUCACGGCGAUCUGGAAUCUGACGGAACACAGAGCCACUUUUUUUUCAGGAACGUGUGGUUUGAAAGCUGGUUCCAGGAGACCCCCGGGAGACCUAGUUUGAGGUUUGCUGUAUCAAACCCCCCCCAAGUCUCCCUGCCUGGUGUGCCGCGCAGCGCCCUGAAACCUACAGUCUCCUGAAACCAAGCUCCAAGCCUCAGAGCGGUGGCUUCGUGUUCCCUUCAGCGUUUACAGCGGCUUUGAAAAAGGACCAAACAAGACUUUUUCAUGACUGUGCGCAAAAUUAGAAGAAAAAGCUCCCAAAUCAUCUUAAUAGCAAAGUCGUAGUUUGUUUAGUUUGGAUAGCACCACCCUAUUUGAAUCCUGAAGCUGAGGGAACACGAAGCCACUUGUAAAAAAUAAAUAAAUAAAUAAAUAAAUAGAACAGAACUUUAUUCUUCACUGCCAUAGAUGUAUGUAACACAGGCUAGAUCGGCUGUAGAAGAACCAACGCCAUCUGCGACCCGCCGCUUUGGAAAGGCUCUUCCUGCAGUGUUGCUGGCAAUACACUAGCCGUCAACUAGAUGGCGCUGGUGGUGCUUACUAAUAUCAGGAUGGAAUUACAUCGACGGCCAUGUAAACUCCUGAACUCCUUUUCAAAGCGCCUUAAAACAGACUUGUGAAAAAAACUAAGUGAUUAUAAUAAUCACACAGGGUCAGAAGCGCUUUGCUUGAACCUGUCCCUCCAACGCAUAUCGUACAAGGUCGCUGUCGUGCUUGCUGAGGGCUUUACUUGCAUGUGGACGUUCAGCCAGGUGAAGUCAGGAUACAGGUUUGAUCACGCUAGUGGGUGCCGAUGUCCGGAGUCCGUGUGUGUUAAUAUGCCUCGAGGAUCACAGUAAUCCUUCGUUAGAAAUAUUAUAGUUAUUAAACAUGUCGCCCAGCUGUAUAGUAAUUAAAACACCGAUUGACUGAAUUUAUUAAAAUCGCUUUUUUUUAAAUCAUGAUCCCUGGUGUGCGUGUUUUUGGUUUUUUUAAUUGUUUUACGUGAUUAUAAACUUUUAAGCCGAGGGAACUCAUUGCAUCCCCCUUUGAUAUAAAAUAUAUACAUUUCGCAGUGCAACUGCAGGUAAGACGAAUCGUUUAUAGCUGGGAAUGCGUUGCACGCAGGAGCUCUCCUGGUGUGAUUUUGCACAGCCCUCUGGGAUGCCGUGGCGUGAAGGGAGGUCGCUGUUUAACAAAAGCAAACACAAACAAACAUGAUCAUGAAUUGUACUAAUAGUAAUCAAAGGAAUGUCAUUCUCUAACCUUCAGGCGUGCACCGAUGACACAAGAAGCUUUGUGCGGUGAAACGGCUUGAAUAAUCCGGUCAGGGUGUGCAGUACAGAUCGCUGUGAACCUUGCUAAACUCAAACCAGUUUUCAGAGACGCGCUGGCAAAUUGAUAAAGUCACGUACCGUGAAUGACAGGCGGGCGAGAAGCGGGUUUAAUUGUAUACACAACAAUACUUCUGACUUAAACACACACACACACACACACACACACACACACACACAGAUGUUUGUUCUGUGAUGCAACAACGCGCGUGUUUAUGGCAAAAACAAUUUUAUAAUUACAGUUUUUUUCUUUUUAAAGUGUAAUAUCUUGCUGCACACUCCGCAGCAGAGCAGCGCAGUUUAAGCGAUUGGCAGGUGAAUUCACGAUAUACCAGCACUUAUUUUAUUCAUCUGUACAGGGGGUUGGCUUACGGUAUUUUUUUUUUGUUGUAACAAACCUCUUCAUUAUUGAAAUAAUGUUUUUUUUUUUUUUUUUUUAAAACUGAAUAUGUAACUUUUUCUUUUGUUUUUGCUAACUUUCUUUUUGUAUAGACAUGUUGACCGUGUACUAGAAUCUGAACAGCACACAAAACCUGGUCAUCGCAAAUGUUUGCAUACCCAGACUCAAUAAAGUUUUUUGUUUUUUUUAACAA